AUGGCGGCCUCGAAGGUGGUGUUGUCGCUGCUGGUUGCAGCUCUCCUACUGCACGUGGCCACGGCACUGAAGAUCAGCGCCUUCAACAUCAGGGUGUUUGGGGACCACAAGAUGUCCAACCAGACUAUCGCAGAUAUCAUCGUCUCUAUCCUGUCAGGAUACGACAUCACCGUGGUGCAGGAGGUCCGGGACAGCGACCUGAGCGCUGUGAAGAAGCUUGUGGACCAGCUCAACAGUGCAUCCCUGCACCCAUACAGCUUUUUGAACAGCAUCCCCCUGGGUCGGAGCAGCUACAAGGAGCAAUACCUCUUCAUCUACAGGUCAGACAUGGUCUCCGUGCUGGAAAGCUACUACUAUGAUGAUGGCUGCGAGUCCUGUGGGACUGAUACCUUCAGCAGGGAGCCCUUCAUUGUCAAGUUCUCCUCGCCCACCACACAGGUGAAGGAGUUUGUGAUGGUGCCCCUGCAUGCUGAGCCCAGAAGCGCGGUGAACGAGAUCGACAUGCUCUACGACGUCUACACUGACAUUGUCAACAAGUGGGCGACUAACAACAUCCUGCUCCUGGGCGACUUCAACGCCGACUGCUCCUACGUGACCAGCGCCCAGUGGCCGUCCAUCCGCCUGCGCUCCCUCGAUGCUUGCGAGUGGCUCAUCCCCGACAACACCGACACCACCGUUGCCAGCACCACUGACUGUGCCUACGACCGCAUCGUCGCCUGCGGCACCGCACUGCGCCAAGACAUCGUGCCUGGCUCUGCCACUGUCAACAACUUCCAGAAGACUUUCCACCUUCAGAGCAAGGAUGCUUUGGCUGUCAGUGACCAUUUCCCGGUGGAGGUGACCCUGAAAGCCCGCUGA